GCUUCCCACGUCUGUCAAACUCACAUGGCGAUGUUGUUUUGAGUCUGGGUGGGAUUGAAUAACACCGGCACCGAGAUCUUGGAGCGGUUCCGCACGGGCAUCUCCUUUUUGCACGAUGCCUACCUACGAGUUAUCGGUUAUUUUGCGACAAAUGUCUAGGCCCGACAUGGUUUCCAUCCUGAAACGGACCGCGACAGCUAUCUUCGACAAGGGCGGUAUUAUUCGUAAGCUGGAUAAUUUGGGCACAAAACCUUUGCCGUUCAAAACCAGCGCCCACGGGGUAGUGCAUCGGACGGGUUCGUACUUUGUGUUCAAGUUCGACACACCACCCGCCGCUAUCGACGACCUGGACGAAGAGUAUGGGCGCGACGUUGACAUCAUCCGGAAGCGCAUCUACCGGGCGGACGUUUCGCAACAGGAAGACAUCACCUGCACGUUGCACGAGGAGAUGCUACCGCCGGCGUACCGCAAGGACGUACAGAAGAUGAUCGCGUUGGCCGACCGUAACAAACCCAAGAAGGUGUUCCAGUACAACACGGGAUUGGAUUACUAUCCUUUCCAGAAGUAAGGCCGCGAGUAGGCGAGGGCUUUCCUUCAUCUCCGGCUGGUCGGUCGGUCGUUAGUGCUUCGCAUUCUUUAAUUGAGUUUUAGUAAUAUAAUUUUCCGUUUAAACAGACCCAAUAAGGUGGCGUAGAAUUGAAUAUUGUUUGUGAAAGAAUUUAGAUUGUUCACAUGCCCACGUUUCCGGUUUGACACAC